AUGGUACUCUGGUAUCAUGCAGGAUAGCGUUGAGGCUACUGCAGAGGUCUCCAGGACAUUUAAUGAAAAGAUUCGGAAAUAUUGCGAUGUUACACUUUUAUCCAUGGCUUAUGCUGGGACUGGGAAUGUUCUCAAGGUUCAAAAGUUAUUGGGCUAUUGUGCACAACAUCUUGACAAGGGUGACGUGCAUCAAGGCCCUGCAGUCCUUGGCAUUGCUUUGGUCGCCAUGGCAGAAGAAUUGGGCCUUGAAAUGUCUAUUAGAUCACUGGAACAUCUUCUACAAUACGGGGAGCAGAAUAUCAGGCGGGCUGUACCUUUGGCCCUUGGUAUUUUAUGCAUAUCGAACCCUAAG